GUGGCAUGAUGGAGCAGCAGCAGCAGCAGCAGCUGAGAAACUUGCGGGACUUCCUGUUGGUCUACAAUCGCAUGACGGAACUCUGCUUCCAGCGCUGCGUGCCCAGCCUGCACCACCGAGCUCUGGACGCGGAGGAGGAGGCCUGUUUGCACAGUUGUGCUGGGAAACUGAUCCACUCCAACCACCGCCUCAUGGCCGCUUACGUGCAGCUCAUGCCGGCCUUGGUACAGCGCCGCAUCGCAGACUACGAGGCUGCUUCAGCUGUGCCUGGCGUUGCUGCUGAACAACCGGGAAAUUCACCAUCUGGCAGCUAGCUAUCCC